UCGAGGAAAAAAUUAAAAAAAAAAAACAACGCAAUACAGCAACCUCACCAUUUCCCACCGCGCUCUCCUCCGCCGCCGCUUCGACCCGAAGCUCAAACGCGCUUCUAGGGUUUCUAUCCCCCGCGCUCCUCCUCGGUUUUCCCUCUCUCCUCCCCCUUUCUCCCACUUGUUUUUGAGCUCAGAUUCGUGUAUAUUUACUUAUUUUUCGCGCUUUGAGAUCUUUAAUCUUGCUGUUGUUUGAGGCCGUGUCAUUAGUUUGCUAAAAUGUAUGAGAAUUGAUCGGUACGGGGUUUGAUUGGGUGUCUAGAGAGAGGGUUUGGUUAUUUGGGGCACUUUGGUGGGUACCAAGCAAUAGCUAGGGUUUCAAGAGUUCUUUUUUUUUUUUAUUGAGCUCAAAUUGUACCUAUUUUGCCCCUUUUGUGAUCUUUAAUCCUCUUUUGUUUGAGUUCCUAUUAGUUAGCAAAGAUGUGUGAGAAUUGAUUGGGUUGCAGGUUAAUUAGUUUGCUGGAGUGAGAUUUUGGUGAUUUGGGGCAUUAGCUAGGGUUUUUUCUGUGCUUACUGAAUCUUUCCAGCUCAAAAAAAUCUAAUUUUGGUACUUUUCUUGAUGAAAUUGUGCCUGGAGAGGUUAAAAGAUCCAAGAAGUUAGUACAUUGUUACCUUCUAUUGGUGCCUUUUUUUUUUUGCACUAUUAUAAACUGCAUGGAUUACAACAGUAGUGCUAUUGAGAUCAUUCCAGAUGCUUCUGGUCCUGAAUCUUGGGCUGCGGCAGCAGCCCAAAACGAUCAGGCCAUGUGGGCGACUGACGAUGAUUACCGGAAUUGGAAUCCGGACCCUUCCACAGAUCCCAAUCCGAAUUACUUUACCGACCGCCAAUCUCAAUCCCAUUCCCAAUCGCAGUCCCGUGCCGGUAGCGAGCAGCCUCCCACCAAGAAGCCCCGCGGUUCUUCUUCCCAAGGGGAAGGGAGUAAUAGCACGAGCAAAUCUAGGGCUAUUGGGAAAAUGUUCUUCAAAACGAAACUUUGCUGUAAAUUCCGUGCAGGGACCUGCCCGUACGUGACCAAUUGUAAUUUCGCGCAUGGGAUGGAGGAGUUACGAAAGCCGCCUCCCAAUUGGCAGGAGAUAGUGGCGGCUCAGGAAGAAGGGGCGGAGGUGAGAGAGGAGAAUCAGAUACCUAUAAUUACCUCAGCUAAUGUUGGCGGGGAUGGUCAGAGGUCAUAUAAAGGAAGGCAUUGUAAGAAGUUUUAUACUGAGGAGGGUUGCCCCUAUGGAGACAUGUGUACUUUCUUGCACGAUGAGCAGUCAAAGGCGAGAGAGAGCGUCGCAAUCAGUUUGUCACCGACGGUUGGGGGCACCAGUAACUUUGGGCCUGGGCCCAAUGGAUUGGCUCAGAAGCCUUCAAAUUGGAAGACAAGGAUUUGUAACAAGUGGGAGAUGACCGGCUACUGCCCGUUCGGAAGCAAGUGCCACUUUGCCCAUGGUGCGGCAGAACUUCACAGAUAUGGUGGGGGACUUGUGGAGAUGGACAGCAGAGAUGCUGCUUCAGCAACUCCAGACUCGAAGCAGGCUGUGGUAUCAACAAAAGCUCCUGCAGAGGCUGCUGCUGCUUCUACGACAGUAGUUCCUCAUGCAGACGUUUAUCAUAUCGGCGUUCCUUCGCAGAGGCCGGCUGUUGUCAACCAGAGGCAAGCCCAAGGACAAAGGCCUCUUCAGAAGUGGAAAGGCCCCGACAAGAUUAGCAGGAUUUAUGGCGAUUGGAUCGAUGAAAUUGAAUAGGGACCAACAAGAGCUAAAAAGUUAGUAGUUCUACUUUUUUCAAGAACUGGACGGAAAUCGCAAACUUCCAUUGGUGCUUGUCAAUCCUGGCAGACUUCUCGGUGAAUUGCACCAAAACACAAGCCACUUAAGUGUAGUUUUAUUGGUACGCCAAACCUUUCAGACAUUGCAAUUGAGUCCCUCUACUUUGAAAAUUCGGAUGCAAUCUCAUCCUUUCGAUUAAAUUGCUCCAUCAAGUUGGACAGAAAUAUCCAUGCCAUUGCCAACUACACAGUAAAUUACUUUCGGAUUUAUUGUAUGCUGGUCAGUAUAUGAGCAUUUUGGUGCAAACUAAAUGGAGGAUUUUAAUGAGAAAGGUAAGCUUCCAAUGGGGCGCAACCGGUAGGGACCAAAGUGUAGAAAUUUCUAGGUGGCUUAUCCCUGGAACAUUUCACCCUCUUAUUAAAUUUUAGUGGUAGGAUUAGUGAAACUUCAUUUAUCCUACGGAAGCUUGUUGCAGAGUUUUAUCUAGCUACCCUCAUAGCCGGUUUCUGUUUUUUUUUGGUCCAAUAAUGGUGUCUAUUUUGUUUGCAUGUUGUUUUUCGCACAUUUAACAUGACUAUGAAGAACUUAAAUUGCUAUAUAUCACAUGAUCUGAGCAAAUUUGUUACAUGAA